AUGUUGUUCGCCACUGAAGGUAGCGGUCUGUUGCCCGUCGUGGGGUGGGUGCUCUUGGGCAGCUUCGUCUUCUACCGCAUCGCCGUGUACAUACAGCUCAGCAUCGCCCGGAGUCGAGCUGCAAAGGAACAUGGCUGUAAGCCGCCGCCGGCCUAUCCUGACUUUGAUCCCAUCUUCGGCCUGGGGCUUGUCCUCGCCGCCGUGAAAAGUGGCAAGAAGGACACCUUUCUCGAGGAUAUCUGGAAACGGUACCAGAAGUAUGGGAAUACCUUUUCAAGUAACCUCACCGGUCUGCCGAUAAUCACCACUUGUGAGCCAGAGAACGUCAAGACCGUGCUGGCAGUCAAGUUUGCUGAUUUCCAGCUUCCACCCAGACGGAAAGCUGGAUUCCGUGAUCUGUUUGGAAAUGGAGUCUUCACGACCGAUGGAAGCGAGUGGGAGCACUCCAGAGCUAUGCUGCGGCCUAACUUCACCCGUACCCAGAUUGCUGACUUGAACAUGUUCGAGAAGCACGUCAACGAGCUGAUCGAGCUGAUACCCAAGGAUGGCUCGACUAUCGAUCUCCAGGACCUGUUCUUUGGCAUGACUCUGGAUUCUGCGACGGAGUUCCUGUUUGGAGAAUCAGCCAAUACCCUAUCUGGCCAGCACAGCUCUGCCCCCAAGGGUGAUAUCUUCGGACAGUCCUUCGACUACUGCACUGGCUAUAUCGGAAAACGCUUCAGGGUCGGUUUGCCCACCAUCUUUGGCAAUAAGCAGUAUACCCAGGGUGUCAAGGAUGUCCACACCUUUGCCGACCACUAUGUGCGCAAAGGCAUCAAGAGGUACAACUCACGCGAGAAGGGUAGGGAUGGCAUCGAUUCGCCCUCCGAGUCCGGGCGAUAUGUAUUCUUGGACGAGCUGGUCAAGGAGACGCAGGAUCCUCUUGCUCUGCGAUCGGAACUCAUGAACAUCCUUCUGGCUGGCCGUGAUACCACUGCGAGUCUCCUGAGUGUCCUCUGGAACACCUUGUCCAAGCGACAGGACGUAUGGGCCAAAAUACAAGCUGAAGUCGAAACCCUCGAAGGCCGCGCGCCAUCGUUUGAAGAAAUCAAGAACAUGAAGUAUCUUCGCUAUACCAUGAACGAAGUCCUACGUCUCUACCCAGUUGUCCCAGGAAACUCUCGCAGCGCAAUUCGCGACACCGUCAUCCCACGCGGUGGAGGACCAGACGGCCUCUCCCCGGUCUUUGUGCCCAAGGGAACUUCGGUCGUAUAUAGCGUCUACAGCAUGCAUCGUCGCACCGACAUCUACGGUCCCGACGCUCUUGAAUUCAAGCCUGAACGAUGGGAGACCCUAAGACCCGGAUGGGGGUAUCUGCCAUUCAACGGAGGUCCCAGGAUCUGUCUUGGACAGCAAUUCGCACUUACUGAAGCUUCGUACGCGACUAUCCGGCUUAUGCAGACGUUCAAGACUAUUGAGUCUAGAGAUCCACAUCCCUGGACGGAGUUGCUCACGGUAACUUGCUCCAGCAAAUAUGGAGCAAAGGUGUCUUUGAGGUAG